AUGGGAUCCAAAAUCAAAAAGGUCAGAAAGAAGGGUCCGAAAGGGAACGAGGACAAGGGCGGAAAAGUCACACAUUCCAUGUGUCCUCCUUCACCAGUGGACUCCAACCACCGUGACGCGUAUAAUUCAAUAUCUGGAACGAACACCGCUCAAAGUCCCGAAGCUCCCUUUUUGUCGGCACAAGAGAAUGGCAACCUCCUCACUAAGAACAUCAAUAUCAGGGGGAGGAGCAGUAACGGAGCCGCAACUGCUUUUGCUCCCAAUUUUGGCGGAGGAGAUGUUGCCAUAUAUAACCCUCGAUCUGCUGCUAGUGUGCAAUGGAAGUUACCGCCGCUUAGUGAGGUGCUCGAUGUCAUCGCCACAGACGUCAAAAACCAUGGUUUCCCAUGUAUCGAGUAUCCGGUGACCGAGAAUACCCAGUAUUUAAACAAUAUGUCAAGACGUUUCCCGCCUUUUGUUGGAGAGAUGGGAUCCACAAGGAGUCAGGGAAUAAGCAUCCCACCACCGGAUCCCCGGGUCUUCAGAUACGGCAACCACACUGGGCUGACGAAACUACCACGUCUUUACGCUGUGCUGGAUGACAUCGCAAACGACUUGGAGAACAGAGUAGGAGGCUUCCCGCCUAUUGAGUAUGCAGUGAACAGUACGUCAGAGUACCUACUCAACAUGGUCAGGGCUUUUCCAGCAAUCUCCCCCGACCACUUCCCAGGAAUAUGCAACGCGCACAAUGACGCUAGCAGCAGCAGCUCAAACUGUGCUGUUAUGCCCAGCUCUUCAAGGAAUAGCAGGGAGCCGUUUACAAUACACAGCAGAACGAUGACCCCUGAAUUAUCAAACUCGCUUUUGAAUCAACCGCUGGAGAAGGGGAAUUCUGUCGACAAUCCUCUGAAAACAGAACAGUGCGACGAAAGUCUUAUCAAUGAAGAAAGGAAUUAG